UCGCGAGCUGCUCGUGCACUCGCGGGGCGCAGUCGCAACCAAAACGAAGAGAUGGACCGUCAGCUCUUUCCCGAAUAGCGAAGCAACCCUGCAGAAGAGCUACCUUGACCGAUUUACCAGUGUUUGUUUGCAGACAGUAGUAGUAAAGUGAGCUGUGGUUCAGCAGAACUGCUUCAGUAGUUACACUUUACUUCCACAUCGUUGCAGCAUUAAUGGUAAUGCAUGCAACGAAUCCAUCCAGACUCAAUGAUGGGUGUAAUGAUCGAAGAGAUCCUCAAGCCUACCAGUCUGUCAAAUAUCAGUCAAAGAGUCACUCAGCGAAUGACCAUCGCCAUGACAAGAUGCGAGAUUCGGCAGACUCCACACCACCAACUAAAAUGCUGCGGCGAUCAGACAGUCCAGACAACAAGCACAGUGACGGGACGGGGCACAGUCAAACGAAAGCGCUUCACGUUCACCGGCCCCGUGAGAGAGACCACGGUGUCAAUUCUUCUCCACAAGAAAACUCCCAUUACGCUUCCAGUUCUCACCCUCACCCAAACAGAACUUCAGAGGCGCCCCGUGAUCCAACAGAUGACUGGUCAGAGCACAUCAGUUCGUCUGGAAAGAAAUACUAUUAUAACUGCAGAACGGAGGUUUCUCAGUGGGAGAAACCUAAAGAAUGGCUGGAGAGAGAGCAGAGGCAGAGAGAAGGUGCAAAGACGAUGGUUAACAGCUUUCCCAAAGACAGAGAUUAUAGACAAGAAGCGAUGCAGGCCAGUGCCACAGGUGCCCUCAGUAGUUCAAAAUCCUCUUUAGCAGAGAAGCCAUCGUCAAACUCUGGUUAUUCUCAGCCUUCGUCCAUCGUUCCCUCAAGCACGUCCAGCUCCUCGUCCUCGUCCUCCUCCACAGUGCCUGUGUCUUCAGCCUCCACCCUCCUCCAGGAUCCAGCACUCCUCCGACAGCUGCUGCCAGCGCUGCAGGCCACCCUGCAGAUGAACCACGGCAAUGUAGACAUGAGCAAAAUCAAUGAAGUCCUCACAGCCGCUGUCACACAAGCUUCCUUACAGUCUAUGCUUCAUAAGCUUUUUACUGCCGGACCGUCCGCUUUCAACGUCACUACUCUGCUUUCCCAAGCUGCUCAGCUUUCCACACAAGCUCAACAGUCCGGUCAGUCACCCAUGUCAUUAGCAUCAGACGCCUCUUCACCGAGGUCAUACGUGUCUCCUAGAGUCAGCACACCUCAGACCAAUGCUGUCUCUAAACCCCUGCUCAGCUCCGCAUCGCUCUCUUCACAACCAAAGGUCAGUGCAUCAAUUCAGAGGCAGGGAUCGACGUCCCAGCAGUCCGUGAAUUCAGACAAAUUGGAAUUCAGCGAUCCCCGUCUUCACAGGCAAAUCAGUCAAGAAGGCUUGUCGGGCUCCAACGGCAGUGCGGGCAUCAGCGUUCCCGCCCCCGUCAGCACCGCCCGAUCCCAAAGCACUUUCACUCCUUCUCUAGCACUGCACUUUGAUGAA